AUGGCAAAGGAGUCUGCCAGGGAAUUGCAAUCAUUGCUAGAGGGAUUUCAAAGGACUGUGCAGACGUUGGAUCAGCUGGUGCAACCUGGUGACUACAAAGACCUGCUACUAUUGGAUAUAUUAUGUGCCCGGUUGGAUCCAAUAACUAGAAGAGGGUGGGAGGAAUACUCUUCUACAAAGGAACAUGACAAGGUCAAGGAUCUGACCGAAUUCCUACAAAGAAUAGUCCGAAUGUUAGGAUCACUACCAACCAAGACGUCUGAUACCAAGGGGGAUUAUGCUCAAUCGUCAAGGAGAAGGCAAUCGGUCGCGCACACUCGUUACGGGGCCAUUCAGACGUUGUGUCGCAUGUUCCGAUGCUCAUUUACUUUACCAAUGUCCAGCAUUUCAACGGCUAGCAGUGGUUGCACCGAAGAAAACAGUGGCCAGGCGGAAGGGAGCAGUAUAAACACAUCUGGACAAACCCACACCGAUACAUCCAAUGCAACAGUCACCCAAGUAGUUUCGGCUCACGUUUCUAGUCACCGAACCUCUGCUAUAUUGCUGGCUACGGCUGUUGUUAUGGUGGAGGGGGACGAUGGAGUGAGCUUUCCGGCUCGAGCCCUGCUAGAUUCGGGCUCCGAGUGUAAUUUUAUGUCGGAACGACUAUGUCAACAGCUAAAGGUCCAACGACAGCGUUCCGAUGUCUCGGUGUUUGGAAUUGGACAAGCCACCACAAGAGUAAGACAUAAGGUUGCAGCGACGGUGAGGUCACGAGUAUCUGACUUCACGAGAAAAAUGGAGUUUCUCCUACUUCCCAAGGUAACAGCCAAUCUGCCAAUAAGGGACAUCGAUAUGAUCGGGUUGGAGUUUCCAAAGGGAAUGGAAUUGGCAGACCCAGCCUUCUUUACUACCAGAUUGGUAGAUUUGGUGCUCGGCAUCCAGCAUUUCUUCGCGUUCUUCAACACAGGAAGUGAAUUCUCACUUGGAGAAGGUUUAUCAAAGUUAACCGAGUCGGUAUUUGGCUGGAUAGUCUCAGGAAAGAUAGCAAGCUCGCAGGAUGCACACCAUAUAUCUCGCAACAUGGCGGUGGGUUUGGAGGAGAUAUUAUCUCGCUUCUGGUCCUGUGAGGAAGUAGGAUCCCCUAAUAAUUAUUCGCCGGAGGAACAACGCUGUGAGGAGCAGUAUAUACGGACGGUGAAUAGGAGGACGGAUUGUCAUUAUACAGUCUCACUACCCAAGGAUAAAACCGUAUUGGCCAGGUUGGGCGAGUCGAGGGACAUCGCAAACCGGUGGUCUCAGGCAUUAGAACGUAGAUUAUCAAGGGAACCCGACCUGCAUCUUCAGUACAACAAUUUCAUGAAAGAGUAUCUGGAGCUUGGACACAUGCGUAAGGUGGAUGCAUCUUUGGCUGUCACAGGAAAACGAUGCUACCUCCCGCACCAUCCCGUGAUUAAACAAGAGAGCACCACAACCAAGGUUAGGGUGGUGUUCGAUGUGUCAUGUAAGACUGCCACUGGAACAUCUCUCAACGAUACACUGCUCGUGGGGCAGUUGGUUGUGGUUCUGAAUGAAAAUACACCACCCAUUCGUUGGAAAAUGGCUCGCAUUGAUCAAGUGCAUCCUGGAAAAGAUGGUGUAGUACGAGUGGUAACGUUGAAAACCGCGACUGGACUGCUGAGAAGGCCUGUGGAGAAGAUAUGCAUCCUGCCAUCGUCGAAGCAGGACGCCGAAUAA